AAAAAGUAAAUUCCAACCAAGAUGCCAAAUCGAAAAUUCCCCAGAAUGUCGCAAGCGCAGCGCAAGCUCCUGAUUAAAUCGCAGAAUCAGAAAUUGGAAAAGCCGAUGCCAAUACUACAGCCACCGAGGAUAGUGCAGAUAGUGCCGCCGAGGAAGGAGAAUAAAGUUUCGACGCCCAAGAAGCAGUCCCCAACUGUGAGUCCUCCUCCUCCUUCGAUUCCUGAAACAACCGGACAACAGGAGCAGCAGAACAGCCUAGAGUUGCCUGUGCAGAAGGCAGAGGAGCAGCAGCAGGAGGUCUUCACUGAGCAGCCGCUUCAGCAGGAGCAUCAGCUGGAGCAUUCAGGUCCAGCCGAAUAUUACCCGGAGCAGCAGCAAGCUCCACCUUAUGAUGGUCCAGCAACCAGUCAGGAUGCAUCUGGCCAUCUUCCAGUGGACCAGGACUGGCGACUUGAGGACGACACCGACUCCUGUUCCGAUGAUGCAGAUCAUUAUCCUCAGCAGCAGCAGGAUCAGCAGCAGCCAGAUAAUAAUGGCUAUUUUGAUCCAUCGACCACGGAGACCAUAACACCGGAGACCAUGGGCACCAAUGGGCCGGAAAUGCCGACCACCAUGGAGGUGGUGCCCCUGGGCAGCUACGAAGUGCCGCCUUUGGACCCCGCCACCCUGAACAUGAACUUCCAGAGCUUGACCUUCACGAACUACUCGAUGCAGGAGCCGCUCGAUGGUGGGGCCCCUCAAUUUAGCGCCACUGAGUCGCCCACCCUCAUGUUGACUCCGGAGCAGCAGCAGAGCCUCCAGGCGGCCAUCGCGCGGCGGGACGUUCCGCUGGAGACUGCUUUGAUGGACAUUGUUCAGGAGUUGCGCAGGGAGCUCUGGAAUCCACCGGCGGCGACCAUGGCCAAUCCCCCGACGGUCUAUCAGCCGGCCGCAGCCGCCUAUCCUGUGCCCAGCCAGCACUUCAAUGGCUACCCAACGCAGCCGGCACACGGCUAUGAUCCCAACCUCAAUCUCAAUCUCAAUCUCUAUCCCUAUGCCCAAGUCUAUCCCCAAGCCUAUCCACAGGCCUAUCCACAAGUCUACGCCCAAGUGCAGCCUCAACCACAACCGAUGAUGCAGGUGGUGGGCAUGUCAACGGAUUUGGGUACUCCACUGCCGGGCUAUCCAAUAAUGAUGCAGCAGCAGCAGCAGCAGCAGCAGUAUCAGCAGCAACAGCAGCAACAGCAGCAACAGCAGCAACAGCAGCAACAGCAGCAACAGCAGCAACAGCAGCAGCAGUAUCAGCAGCAACAGAUGCCACAGCAGUCGUACCCCCAGUAUUGGCCGGACUACAAUCCGUACCUUAUGCCAGACUACAGCUAAUCCAGCCGUUCGAGCCGCGGUAGCAUGCAGUGAAAACCGGACGGAGUAUCGGGAAUGCUGUGUUGCAUACGCAAACCAUUUAUAUUUUAUCACCCGUCCAUAUCACGAAACGAAACGAAACGAAUUUUGAGAAGUUUGAUGAUGUAACAAAUAAAAAAAAUAGUUACUGUAUCUCUAUAUUUUUACCAAUGUUUAAGUAAAUGUAUCAUUAUGUUAAAUAAGUGUUUUUUUUUUAAUAUUUAAACUCGUAGUGACGAUGCUGAGA